CAUGCACGAUAACCAAACGCAAGUUUUCACCUCCUUCAAGCUCGUUUCAUCCACAAAGGAUUCUCUCCUUGUUUGCUGGGGAAUACGAGAUAACGUCCAAACCUUUGUUAACGCUUAUCGAUUAAUCUACACAGCCUUUAAAUCAACGAUAAUUCAAAAAUCUUCUAGGCUACAUUCAAGGGAAAGAGAGUUCGAUAUUCAGCAACUACAUGAAAAUACGUAUUAUAAUAUCUGUGUAGAAGCUUUCUCUUCUAACGAAACAUACACAUCGUGCCUGCAGGCGUCGACAGGUACCGAUUCUUUGGCAGUAGCAUUGGGUAGUAGUUUUGGUGCCUUUAUGGCGUUAGGAAUUAUUGUUAUGUUCGUCUUCCUCGCCAAAUGGCAAAACACGAGGAAAUUAAAGAAAUUGGCCAAAAUAAACGCGGCUUAUGGUUCGGCUGAUCAGGAAGAAUUGGAUGAGCCAGCUAGUGAUAUAUCUUUGCAGGCUCUACCGGACGUCGUUUCUUCCUAUCACGAUCACCCGCCCUCUAAUUCCGGUUCUAAUGAGAUACGCGUCCAGGCCGACGUUUCUGUCGUCAAGCAAAAGUCGAUUGAUCGAGAUAGUCUAACAAAAUUCGUUCAACAACAAUCAGUCGAUAGCGGCGGCAGCAGCUCGAAACGCCUGGCACAGAUCAAGUGCCGUCAAUGUUCCAUUGAUUCUGAACCGUCGCAAACGUCAAAGCAAAUGUCGUUCGAUGCUGCUGACGACGAGAUACCAUUGGAUAGACUGCUGCGCGCUGAACGUACUGGAGAACUUGGUACAGUACUAGGACCUUCUCCCCUGAGAGCGGUGCCAAGCUGUAAUUGGUGA